ACUCACAAAAGUCGAGGGGGACACCUCUGCGCGCGUCGUUACGCUGCACCGAUGCCGAUGCACCGCUUGCUCUACCUGCCAGCACUGUGCCAGGCCUUCGCGCCGCCGCGCGCGCCGCAACAUUACUGGCAUGAAUGCAGUGUCCAGCCCGUCGCGCCGACGGUGGCGCGCGGCCGCGAGGCUCAUCGUGCAACACACAGGCUGGGUCGAGUACCCGAAGGCCGUCGACGUCUGGGCGGGCGGGUGCAGGCGCGCACGGACGCGCAGCUCAAGCGGGGGAUCGGCGAGUUCUACGACGAGAGCUCGGGGAUCUGGGAGGAGGUCUGGGGGGAGCACAUGCAUCAUGGGUACUACCGCGAAGGAGAGAAGCCGGCGUCGUUCGCGCGCCACGUCGAGGCGCAGGACGACAUGAUCGAGAAGGCGCUCGAGCUCUGCGGCGCGGACGGCGUGGCCGCCCGGUGCAGGCGGGACGGGCGCCGCCUGCGCGUGCUGGACGUCGGGUGCGGCGUCGGCGGCUCGUCGCGGUACAUUGCGAGGAAGUACGGCGCGGACGUCGUGGGCCUGACGUUGUCGCCGAAGCAAGCGGCGCGGGGCAACGAGCUCUCGCAGGGCCUGAACGUCACCCUGAAGGCCGAGGACGCGACGAGCACGGCCUUCGCCGACGGCUCCUUCGACCUGGUGUGGUCCCUGGAGAGCGGCGAGCACAUGCCGGACAAGCCCAGGUUCGUCGAGGAGCUCGCGCGGCUCUGCGCGCCGGGCGGCGCCGUCAGCUGCGUGGCGCGCGGCGUCUUCGCCGUCGACGCCCGUCGGCGCCAGCGUCAUGUUCGAUGCCCACGCAGGUCACCUGGUGCCACCGCGACCUCGAGCCCGAUAAGCGGUUGGGCCGCGUCGAGCGAGCGGUCCUAGGGGCCAUCAACUACUGCUAUUAUCUGCCGAAGUGGUGCUCCGGCGCGGACUACCGGUCUUUGUUCGGCAAACAACCGGGCUUCGCCUCGUCGAAGAUCGUGGUCGAGGAUUGGACGCGGAACAUCGCCCCAUUCUGGCCCGCCGUCUUCCGGAGCGCGCUGCGCUGGCGAUCUUUGCGGGGACUGAUGCGGACCGGGAUCAGGACGGCGCGGGGAGCGGUGGCCAUCCUGCUGAUGAUCGUGGGGUAUCGGAUCGGGACGGUGAAGUUCGUGGCGGUGGCCGCGAACCGGGAAUUUUCGUAGGUAUCCAUACGAAUGUGUGUUUCGUUGGAUGAAAAUAUACAGUUUCUUAC